UGUUCCCUUGUGUCUCAGCUAUUAUUUCAUCUGGAGGCAACUAGCAACUAGAAAAUAAUAAAUGACGGAACCUUUGCAUACAAAACAUUAACUUCAAAUUGAGCUGAAAACUAGUUUAAACUGAUUUACCAUGACAUUAAUCGAGCAGGCAUGGAAAAGUAAUCCAUAAAGUGCUCAAAGAAAUUGGGAAACUUGAAGAUCUACAUUUCCGUGACAACUGGGCAAACCCCCUCUGCUGAUGAAGAUCAUGUGAUUUGAUCGAAAUCUCCAGAACAGCUACUGAGGGGAGCUUGUGGUGAGAUUGUUUUUUUUUAAAUUUAUCUUAAAAGUAGAUAGGCUAGUGUUUUUCAAUAGAAAUUAGAAUGAAAAAUCUGUGAACAUUGAGCGUUAAAUACUUAAAACUCUUGUUGAAGGACCUAUUUUGUAAAGAAUCAAAUGUCUCACCUAUCGUUCUGUGUGAAGAAAAAGUAUUUGUGUGUAUUGAACCUUUUUGGGCUUUCGAGAGCCAAUAUCCUGCAGUGACGGAAAGCUGCAUAAGAGGUCCCUUUAUCAGAGCCAAGCCCACACUUAGCAGUAUGGGUAAUGUAGGCAGCUCUGCACAGGAUAGUCUACAUUUCUAUCCCCACCGCCAGUCCCGGCAUCUUUAUUCCUCUCAGGUCUUUUUAGUCUUUUUUUCCAGCAGCCUUGGCUCUGUGUCCCCAUCCCAGUUGCUCUCCAUCUCUCUCAGUCUGCCUCCCUGUCAGAUCUCCACUGAGAAUGCAGUGCCUGCGUCAGUCCUUUCAGCAGAUGGAGAAGAGGAGGAGGAGGGGGAGGGUAAGACAGGAAGAAAAGGGGGAGGAGAAAACAGGCGCUGUAUCCCUCUCUUGCAUCAGCGUCAACAUCACUGCCACGCCAGCUUUCGUCACCGGAAAACAACGAGGAAGAUCAUCACACAACAGAGCUGAAAAAAAGAAACACCAUCAGCAGCCGCUCCUCCUCCUCCUCCACCACCAGACGUGCAUCCACAGAUUAGGCAGAAAACGGUUCUACCUUCCCCGUGCACAGGCAUCUUAAAGCUCCCCCAGGCAGGAGGAGCUCUCCCAGACAUGACCUGAGAGGAGAGGCAGGAAGCCAUCAGACGCUCUCCAUCAACAUGGGCAACCAAGAGGCUAAGCAAAGAAAAGCUGCAGCAGCAUCGGGUAAUGGAAGCUACCCUUCACUGGAUGAAGGAUGGAGAGAGGGAGGAGGGGACACAGCAAAAAAGGGAGGAAAGAAACAGGGUAAGCAUGGAGGUAAAGGAGCAGGCAGCAGUGGAGGAGGAGGAGGAGGAGGAGGAGGGGGGAUGCAUGGCACAGCACCAGGAAAAAAGAAAAACAAAUCUGAGUCCAAGUCCUCUGUCUUCUCUAUCCGGAAGAGAAAGGGUAACCUGAAAGGGAAAGGAGACAUAUGUUCGUCAGUAACAGGCUCAAAGGAGGACGUUUUAGCAUCUCAACAUGACGAACUGGACAGCACAAAAACACCUGAAAUGUCUGCAGAUGAGCUCGGACAGUCAGACACAGAGGCUGCUUUCCCUGAAAAGAAAAAGAAAGUGGAGCAAGGGAAGAAGGAAGUACAUGGAGGAGAGAAGAAGCAGGAGAUGCAACGAAAAGCCUCGACAGCAGCAACAUCUCCCACAGAGGAUGGAGGGCAAAAAGGGGGGAGCUCGGGGUCGGACACAGAUAUCUACAGCUUCCACUCAGCAGCUGACCAUGAGGAUUUGCUAGCAGACAUCCAGCUCGCUAUAAGGCUCCAGCACCAGCAGCAUGGGGGGGUUACCUCAAUUGUGGAAGCACAGAACGGGGGAGAAAAGGAUUUGAGCUGGGCAGGAGGAGAGGGGAGGAGGAAGCAGAGUAAUGGGGUACUUAAAUUAAGUCCUCCGGAGGUAGUUGACCUGACCCCAGAGUUAGAACUGGGCUCUGAUGCCCUGUCAUUCCUAGAGACAGGACCUCUAUCUGACUCUGUCAAACACAUGGACCCACCACCAACACUACACAUCCCCUUCCACACAGAGGUGCAUGAGAGGAGGGAGGAGGAGGAGAAGGAGAAGGAGGAGGUGGAGCAUCUGCAGCUAAAUGGGAAGGGGCAGAGGGAGAGGGAGAGGGAGAGAGAAGCCCCUCUUUGUGCUGCCACAGGCACAAAAGACCAGCAUGCUUGGCUGCAGCAGCCCCCUCAUACAACCGUCACCAUAGCUACUGCUGGGGGGGUAGCAGUCAGCCCGGUUACCAUGACAACCGGUGGUAACAGCUUCCCUGAUCUCACAUUUGACAGUAAUGGGGAAGCCCCAGGGGAGAAGGAAGAAGCAAGAGCUGAAACCCAGCAGGAGGAUGAGAGGGAGCCCGAGGUGGAUGUGGAUCUGAGUCCAGAGCCCGCAGACAGCCACAACAAAAGUCCCGAACCCACUGAAGGACUGAGCUCAGGGAACGUGUUUGAAGAAGGUGAGGGUCAGAUGGGCUCGGGUACCAGCGCAGAUUCCCUUGAGGACUGCCUGAGUGCUGGAUCUGAAUCUAACCACUCUGCUGCUACAGCCAGCACCAGUGCCUCCCCCUCCCAUCAGCAGUGCAGGAGGAGCAGUGUGUGCUUCACCCCGCUGCCUCCCCAGGAGAGCCCCACGCUGGCCAAACGACUCCUCAGGUCCAACCACUCAUCCACCUCUUCCAGUCCCAUGGUGAAACCCUACCCUCCCAUCUUCCCCUCCUACAUCAAGACCACCACCAGACAGCUCAGCUCCCCAGGACAGUCCCCAGCCCUAUCCCCCUCCCACAGCCCCCUGUCCCCGCGCAGAGCCCACCAUCAUCUCCACAGAACGAUGGCUGAGGGUCACCAAGUCCGUAGGCAGCGCUCUCGAAGCCUUGCUGGGCCUCUCAGUCGAUCGGCCGACUGGACGGAGGAGCUCGAGAGGAGGAUGAGGAGCCGAGAGGAGGAUGGAGGAGGCUCUGGAGGUUCGGGAGAGUAUCUGAUGGGAUACAGAGGAGGAGGCAGCCAGCCCAUCUGUGGAACCAGAAGAUCCUCCUGUGGACAGAUGUCUACCUGUGGCUUUCAGGACGUCUUCACAGGGUCGCAGGGAGGCUGGAGCCUAUCCCAGCUGACAAUGACCUGUAAGUGCAUGUUUUUGGACAGUGGGAGGAACCCAGAGAGACCUUCAAACUCCACACAGAAAGGUCGAACUCUCCUGGAAAAGCUGUUCUUGCAGCAGCAGCAGGAGGAGCCAGAGGAGGCUGAGAGGCUCUGCUCCAGGAUCUUGGCCAUGGGUCUCCUGCUGCCUUUCACCGACUGCUUCAGAGAACAGCUGGGAGGCAGCACUGCCCACAUCACCUCCACAGCACCAUCCAAGUUUGAUCAUGACCAGCUGUAUACAUGGGCAGCAGUCAAUCAGCCAACUCAAGCCCUGGAUUCUCUUGAGGGGAAACUUCCAGGGCAGCUGAAGGGCCCCUGGCCUCCAGCCAGGCCAGGUGCAGACAGUAGGACUGGACUCAAAUCCACAGAGGCAGAGGACAAUCAAGAACACCAUGCAGCCAUCUUGGGUUUGAAGCAACAACAGGAGGAGAACCAAGAGGAGGAAUGUGUCCUUCCUUCAACAAAACUGAAGGAAAAACACGUUAACGUCAUCCAACAGCUGGAACAAACCAUAGAAGACCUCAGGACUAAGAUUGCUGAGCUGGAGCGGCAGCCCCCUCUGCUGGACAGAGACAGUAUGAAACCCACCACCUCCACCACAGACAGGGAGUGUGGAGGAGACGAGAGCCUGCUGAGGGUCGUGUGUGAUGCCCACCUGCAGACUGAAGCAGCCGCCGCUCUGGGCUGCCUGGAGGCCAAGUCUGUGCAGACUUCACCCAUGGAUGACAGCUUUAAGUUCAAAGUGCCUUGUAGUGAGCCGGGUGGAGCGAACGGCUUCCUGCAGCCUCCACCCAGGCAGGAUGGCUUCCAGUGUUCAUGUCAGCAGCAGCCUCCUCCACCCCCUCCUCCACCUCCCCUUCCAGGAAGAGCAGUAUCUGUUCAUCCUUUACCAGGACAGACUGUGGCACCUCCUCCUCCACCACCUCCUCCUCCACCAUUACCGGGAGGCUCAAUGCCAGCUCCUCCACCUCCACCACCAUUACCUCCUGGUUCAGCAGUUCCUCCACCCCCACCUCCUCCUCCUCCGCUUCCUUGUGGCCUUGCUCCACCGCCACCUCCUCCUCCACUUCCUGGUGGCCUUGCUCCACCUCCACCUCCACCUCCUCCUCCACUUCCCGGUGGUUUUGCUCCACCCCCACCUCCUCCUCCCCCUCCUCCUCUCCCUGGCGGCAUUGCUCCACCUCCUCCUCCAUUACCAGGAAUAGGAGGCCCACCUCCUCCACCACCACCCCCAGGCUGUGGACCUCCUCCCCCCCCUCCUCCACCAGGAGCCAUCUGUGUUCCUCCAGCUCUUCCAGGGGCUCUGGGCUCCUUGCCUCCUCCUCUACCAUUGGGGCUGUAUGCUUUGGGUCUGACCCAGGAGAAACCACCAAGGAAGGCUGUUGUGGAGCCUCCCAGACCGAUGAAGCCCCUCUACUGGACCAGGAUCCAGCUGCACUCCAAAAAGGAGGUUUCUUCUUCGUUGGUGUGGGAGAAUAUUGAGGAGCCUGACGUGGACUUUGAGGAGUUUGUAGAGUUGUUCUCCAAAACAGCUGUGAAGGAGAAGAAGCAGCCGCUCUCUGACACCAUCACCAAGUCCAAGGCCAAACAGGUCAUGAAGCUCCUGAACAACAAGCGUUCUCAGGCAGUGGGAAUACUCAUGUCCUCCCUGCAUCUUGACAUGAAAGAUAUCCAGCAUGCCAUCCUGAACUUGGACAACACAGUAGUUGACCUGGAGACCCUGCAGGCCCUGUAUGAAAAUAGGGCUCAACAGGACGAGCUGGACAAAAUUGAAAAGCACAUCAAAUCCUCAAAAGACAAGGAGAAUGCCAAACCUCUGGAUAAACCUGAACAAUUUCUCUACCAGCUGUCCCUGAUCCCAAACUUUUCUGGCAGAGUUUUCUGCAUCCUCUUCCAGUCCAGCUUCUCUGAGUGCAUGUCGUCCAUAAUGAGAAAACUGGACACACUGCAGAGGUUGUGCAAGGUGUUGCAGGACUGUGAGACAGUGAAGCGGGUUCUAGGUCUGGUUUUGGCCUUUGGAAACUUCAUGAAUGGUGGUAAUCGAACCAGAGGCCAAGCUGAUGGCUUCACCCUCGACAUCCUGCCUAAACUCAAAGAUGUCAAGAGCAGUGACAACAUGAAAAGUCUUCUGUCUUACAUCGUUGCAUACUACCUCAGACACUUCGAUGAGGAUGCUGGUAGAGAGACGUGUGUGUAUCCGCUCCCUGAGCCUCACGACCUGUUCCAGGCUUCACAGAUGAAGUUUGAAGACUUUCAGAAAGAUCUGACUCGACUCAGAAAGGACCUGAGAGCCUGUACAUCAGAAGUGGAAAAAGUGUGCAAGGUUUCAGAUGAGGAUAACCUGCAGCCUUUUAAAGGCAAGAUGGACGACUUCCUCACACAAGCUAAAACUGAACUGGAGACUCUGGACGCUCAGCUCAGCAGCACUCACAAACUGUUCCUGGAGCUCACAGUGUUCUUCUCAGUGAAGGCCAAAGGAGGAGAGAAGGAGGUUUCACCAAACACCGUCUUCUGCGUCUGGCACGAGUUCUCCUCUGACUUCAAGGAGCAGUGGAAGAAGGAGAACAAAGUCAUUCUCAAGGAGAGGUUAAAAGCAGCAGAAGAGUGUUUCCGACAGGCCAAGGAGAAGGCUGCCUACAGCGUCAAACCCAAACACGCCUCUGGCAUCAUAUUUUUUGGCGUUUCCAAGCUUUAUUUCCAACAGAGACAGCUGAAGACUGACAGGAAUGUGGGGAAAGAGAGAUGGGGAAUGACAUGCGGAAAAGAGCCACAGAAAGCCAAGCUUGGCAUGAAGAUUUGACUGAGCGGAACAUGUGUUUUCCCGACUUUGGGCACCAGCAGUGAGUCAAAAACAAGAAGGUCUGAAGAGGUCUGAAGAGGACAGAAGAGAACGCUGAAGGGAAUGCAUGUAUGUGCAGCUGAGCCUACUCUGGACAUUGUGGAAGGAUGCUGCUGCAGGGUCACUAGGCACAGGAAAUCAGGUUGACACAUCACAUACAGUAAACAUCAGCUGGUAUAACAUCAUGCUGGUGCAGCCAAUGUGGCUCCAUUUAUAAAAAAAUAACGAAUGUCUCACUUAUCAGCAGAAUGGUAAAGACAAACAAUAAACCACACUGUUUAAGGAGCAUUAGAAAUGUUUAGCACUUACUCCCCCCUCACUGUAAUCUCUAUAAAACAGACCACAGGCGGCUUCUUUAAAUCCUGACUGAGACUUCGGCACAAACAACAAUCACCACACCUUCAGUACUGAAAAAAGACACAAAGAAGUCUUAAAGUCCUGUAAAGUACACAUUUAUUGACAUCUGUGGACUGCAAACACACCAUGGGCAGGUGUGCCAUAAAUAAAACAGAUAACUGAUUUGUCUGAUUUAAUAAAAAUAGACAUAGUGAUUCUGACUUCAUGAUCAAAUGUUUUCCGCAUCACAUAAAAUAAUGCAUGCACUGGCUUUUGUCUUCUCCCCUGAAUCACUUAAAAGAAACGUAAAAAACCAUGCCAUAAAUAGUAUGACAAUAACAAUGAGACUGAUAUAAUUGAAAUCUUCUGGAUUAUGACUUCAAUCUGUUCGAGAUCCACCAGAUCUGGAAGCUUGUUUGCAGUAAAUUUGAACGUGCGAACGUAGAUCGGGAACAAUGGAGAUGACAGCACAAGAAUCCAAUCAAAAGUCGACUAGAAUGUGAACAGGGUUUGUCUCACAUAACACAGUAACACUGAUGGAUCUGGCAAAGCACAAAAAGAAUGCAGUUGGGUGUGUCAUUUCACCACUUGUGUCUUUAGUUAAACAAACUAGAUAAAAUAGGUUUUGGAAAACAGAUUUUCCUCCACAUGUAACUGUUUUCAUCAAAUAGUAAAUGCAUUUGACAAUUGCAACCAAAUGUAAGUGGCUCUACAAUAGCCUAAGUUUAAAUGGCUUCUCAACUGUAAUCGUUUUCCAAAGCCCCAAUAUUUCAGUCACCAUCAGAUAUCAGCAUGAUUAUCCAUUACUGUGUUUAUGAUUGAAACAAACACGUUUUAUUAUUCAAAUCUGAUUUAGAGGCUUGUGCAGCUUUCAUAUGGAGAUUGGAGUUUUUGUUUUUUUUUGUUUCUUGGAACUCGGCCUGAGAGUGUGAAGCAUUCCCAGUAAAUACACAGAGCCAGGCCAGCCUGCCUGCAUAGAUAUCUUGAAACCUCAGCAGACACUGAAAUAAGAGAGGACGAGAGUGACUGGCAUUGAUUAGCAGCACUUGCUGCGUGCACUCAGUCAUAUAUUCUGUUUCAAUCGUGCAAAUAUUCGACAACUUCAAACUGCUCUGUUGAAAUGUGACAGAAAUCUGGGUUAUGUUAGACAACAGCCAUGGGCACAUCCUGUUAAAUGCCACAGUAAAUCAUCACACGUCAAUAUCAGCACUCUCCACACGGACUCUUACACACUACCAUGAAUGUGAUUCUACAUCCUGACUGACCAAUCAGAUUAGAUCUCAGUACUCAGUAUGCAUUUGUACAGCAGUGUUGUUGGGCAGAAGAAGAAUGUCACUGUAAACUUACAUGUGUACUUUUAAUAUAUGUACAAUGAUAUGCCAUAUCAUCUCAGAUAUACCACAUAUAAGUGGGUGUGUGAGUGAAUUUUCUCUUCAUCUGGUCGAUCACACCUUUGUGUUUGAAAGCUCUGUGCUGAAGGGUGUGUAUAGUGCACUGAAUUACAGCUAUUCCAUUUGUUGCAGAAUUGAUGACUUUAUCAAUGUAAAGUAAUAAAUUGUUAAAAAAGAAUUGAUUGUGAGACACGUUUUGUGUUUCUUUCAUCGAUGUCCUCUCCUGCUGGCCAGCAUGAUACUCCCAACAUGAACUUGACUACAUUUUAACAGUUUCAUGUGCAAUAAAUGUUUAUGUAUACAUGUAUAUGGAGAGGAUGCAUGGGGUCUGGGAGCAGUGUAAUUUAUGUAUAAU